ACUGGAAGGUAAAUACUUACUUAGCCUCCGAACCAGGUACAAGCUAAUACUCAACAAUACUGAUGCCUUGUUUUUUUUGCUCUGUCCGGACCGCAACGCUGUAGCCAAUUUAGAUAUGCUAUAAAUUUAAGAGGUUGCCAUGGCCACCGCGUACCCAUUGGCCGCCGGGCCCCCUACGUGCCUCGCCACGUCACCAAAUCUGAAUAAGGAUGCGCGAAUUAGGCGGCGGCCAGACAAAGAUGAGGAUAGGAACCGCUUGAAAGUGGGGGAAAGUGCCGGCGCCUCCGCCACCGGGAAAGCCGCUCGGCAGAGGCGAAGCCCGCGGCCACCCAAGAUACACUGGGGCGCGCGGCCCGGGGCAUGAGGCUGUGAACGCCACCACUCCCCACCCCGCCCAGCGCAGCCCAGCGCCAGGCCAGCAAUCACCCAAGGACUUGACCGGCUGAGUCUUGGUUCGGACCGGACUCGCCCGGCGGCGGCCAAGAGAAGAGGCGGAGAGCAGCGGCGGGGCCAGGGGGCCCGAGGGCCGGGGGCCCAAAGGGAGGGCAAGGCGGCCCGAGCCGCCGGGGCGCGGGGCUAUGAUGGUGCACUGUGCUGGUUGCGAGCGGCCCAUCCUCGACCGCUUUCUGCUGAACGUGCUGGACCGCGCGUGGCACAUCAAAUGCGUUCAGUGCUGCGAGUGUAAGACCAACCUCUCGGAGAAGUGCUUCUCGCGCGAGGGCAAGCUCUACUGCAAAAAUGACUUCUUCAGGCGCUUCGGCACUAAGUGUGCAGGCUGCGCGCAAGGCAUCUCGCCUAGUGACCUGGUGCGCAAGGCCCGCGGCAAAGUCUUCCACCUCAACUGCUUCACCUGCAUGGUCUGCAACAAGCAGCUGUCCACCGGCGAGGAGCUCUACGUCAUCGACGAGAACAAGUUCGUGUGCAAGGACGACUACCUGAGCUCGUCCAGCCUCAAGGAGGGUAGCCUCAACUCAGUGUCGUCCUGUACGGACCGCAGCUUGUCCCCGGACCUCCAGGACCCACUCCAGGACGAUCCCAAGGAGACGGACAACUCGACGUCGUCGGACAAGGAGACGGCCAACAACGAGAACGAGGAGCAGAACUCGGGCACGAAGCGGCGCGGCCCGCGCACCACCAUCAAAGCCAAGCAGCUGGAGACGCUCAAGGCCGCCUUCGCCGCCACGCCCAAGCCCACGCGCCACAUCCGCGAGCAGCUGGCGCAGGAGACCGGCCUCAACAUGCGCGUCAUCCAGGUGUGGUUCCAGAACCGACGGUCCAAAGAACGUCGGAUGAAACAGCUGAGCGCCCUGGGCGCCCGGAGACACGCCUUCUUCCGGAGUCCGAGGCGCAUGCGCCCGUUGGGCGGCCGCUUGGACGAGUCUGAGAUGUUGGGGUCCACUCCGUACACCUACUACGGAGACUACCAGGGCGAUUACUACGCGCCGGGAGGCAACUACGACUUCUUCGCGCACGGCCCGCCGUCGCAGGCGCAGUCCCCGGCCGACUCGAGCUUCCUGGCCGCCUCGGGGCCCGGCUCGACGCCGCUGGGCGCGCUGGAGCCGCCGCUCGCCGGCCCGCACGCCACCGACAACCCCAGGUUCACCGACAUGAUCUCGCACCCGGACACGCCGAGUCCCGAGCCGGGCCUGCCGGGCGCGCUGCACCCCAUGCCCGGCGAGGUGUUCAGCGGCGGCCCCAGCCCACCCUUCCCCAUGAGCGGCACCAGCGGCUACAGCGGACCCCUGUCGCACCCCAACCCCGAGCUCAACGAGGCCGCCGUGUGGUAAGGCCGUCGGGCCGGGCCGCCCCCCGCCCCCCGCGCUCGGCCCUGGGGCCCCGCCCGGCCGUCCCCACCCCCCCACGCCCCCCCACCCCCGCGCCCGGGACGCAGCCUCCCGAAACCAAAGCGCCCGACGCGGCCGCGGCGCGGGGCGCCCUCGGGGGCUCUCUCUCGAGUCCGAACUCAACCGGCAGCUGCUUCUCGGCUGGGCGCGGAGGGGUACCGACCGCCGCAUCUGCAUCCACCCCUGGGACUCUCUGGGAACCCCCUGCCCUCCGCCAGCGCUCCUCGGCAGCCGCGAGCAAUUUCUUGGGACCAAAGUGAAUACGGAGGGUCAAGAGAUUUCAAGCACGCUCUAGACUUCCCCCGAACCCCCACCACCACCCCGCACCUCUUUGGACCAAGAGAGGGCUGAAGCCAAGGGACAGAGACAAUUUUUUCCCCCUCCUUGCAAUCCGAGUGGCAUUUUGUAAUCUUAUUUCUCACUCUGCUUUCCCCUCUUUAAAAAAAAAAAUAAGAAAAAGAGAGAUCGAAGAGAAGAAAGGGAGCAAAAUGAGUUAGAGAGAAGAUGGAGAGAGCGCCAGCCAGAGAGAGAGAAAAGAUGGAGAGAGAGAGUGAGAAACACGCUUGGAUGGGGGUGUCACUGGGAGGAAGACAGAUCCACCUGCGCGUUGGCGCUCCCUGGUGGCCAAUCUUGAGGAUCACGGUCAGCUUCUCUAGGAAGGGGCGGGGGCGGUCCGGACAUCGGCGCCCCAGGGCCAGACCCCCACCUCUUCCUUCCUUUGACAUUUAUUCUGACCCCGGGUGUCCAGGCCAGACUCAAACACUCGCUCACCCUGCGCUCCCCCUGGGCAAGGCGCCAAGAUUUCUUGGGCCCUGGCCCACAGACCACCCUCCGUGCCCGGGUCCUGGAGGCUGGGUGGUCAGGAUGUACAGUAUUAUACUUUUUUGGAAGUUGAACGCUUCUAGUUUCCUUAUUUUGUAUAAAGAAGAAACAAAUAAAGUAUGUUUUUGUGUUUACUGUU